AGCCAGGAAGCAGAAGCUGGGGCUGUUUUCAUUAUUACUCUACAGGAUAGAAACAUGGACUUCUCUGUUUUGCCAAACAACAACCAUCCCGAUAAAUUCCUGCAACUGGAGGUGAAGUCUCUAGUGAAAAACUCUGCCUUUCUACAAGCCAGCCUGGCAAAAUUCCCAGAAGCAGCUUUACCUGGCAUGCAGCAGUGGCACAACAGGGUCUAUUUGCAGAGAGAAAAGAGAAAUGUCACUGAGCUGCCGGGCUUAGACUCAAACGAGGUCAGUCAAGAAAUGACAGACAAAGCCCUUGGGAAAUACAUUACACCCAUCACCCUGAAAUCCACAAUCAAAAGCAACCCCUUGUAUAGUGAUAUCCAGACGGAUGACGACUGGGAGGAGAAGAAAAAGACCCCUUCCUGGACUGUGCAAGACUAUGACAGGCACUCGCUGCACUCUAAUUUGGCCAGCCACAUAAAGGAAAAUCCUAAUGAUCUACAGUUCUGGAUGGGGGAUAUUUAUACUCCUGGGUAUGAUACCUUGUUAAAAAAGAAAGAGAGAGAAAAAAAGCAUUCCAAAUGUUGCCAAAUCAUCCUGCUCAUGGUACUAGCUGUUUGCAUCCUGAUUACCAUAGUCACGCUCAGUAUUUUACUUACUUAG